UCGUGUGUGUGAUGUGGGUUCUCUAUGGUGAAAAUCAGCUUUGCUCCAGAGCCCCUUCCUAAGCAAAGAAGGAUGACCUCUAAGAUCUUGCUUUGCCUCUCACUGGCUCUCUCCAUCCAGGGUGGAGCCUUGCAACCCGUGCCUGUCCAGCCUCCUCAGGCCUUAUAUGCUGAGGGGUCUACUGCUGUCCUGCAGUGCCCUCUGCAAAGUGGCAGGAUCCAGGACUACCACGCCUUCUGGUUCCAACAAAAGCCCAGCAAAAGCCCAGCCUUCAUCCUGAAGCAUAACAACAAUGGGCAGAUAGAACGAUCCUCUUCAUUUGAUGCACGUUUUGUGCCCAUCCAGGAUACCCAGGCCAAUGCCUACAUCUUGCAGAUCCAGAAGGUGCAAACAGAUGAAAGUGCCACCUAUUUCUGUUUAGCAGAGGCAAAUUAUUUCCAGACAGCUGUCUCAGGGAGUGGAACACAGCUCAGCAUCAAAGGAGGAAAAUCAGCGAAAGCACCAUCAUCAGUCACCCUAUUGUCUGAUCUUUCCCAGAUAUCAGAAUCUCCUGAUAUCCACGCCUUAUGUAUAGUUGAGAAAUUCUACCCAGGCAUAGUAGAGAUCAAGUGGAGUGCAUCUGGGAAAGAUAUAACUGAGGGAGUGAUCCCUGGACAAGUGACCCUGAAUGAUGAUGGCACCUACACCACCACCAGCGUCCUGAAUACCUCCCGCUCUGGCAUCCCUAUUCAGUGCUCUGUGAGUCACCCCUCUUCUGGGGCCAAGACUGAACGGACCCUGGAAGAGUGCAUGUAGAAGGAAAUGCUUUCAGCUCAACACCUUCCUUCUUCCACUUCUCUUCCCCCUCAAAGCUCUCUGCAGCGUAUGACCUGCUCCCUGCUUUUGUUUCACCCUCAGUAAAGCUACGUUCACUCCUUA